AUGACCCGUGGACGCCGAAAGGACAUGACCAUACCCCCUUCGCGUGCCCUUCUCCAGCAGCGAGAUUAUCGAGCACGCAAGGCACAGUAUGUCGCCGACCUCGAAGUUCGUGUAAAGAAAGCCGAAGACGAGAACGUCCUCCUUCGCAAGGAGAUCGAUGCCCUCCAAGCCAAGCUCAAAGCCGCUACGCCUCUCCAGGCGCAAUCUCCAUACGGCCCUGAAGUGGCCGCAGCCUCCUCAGAUCUCAUGCACCACCUCACUGUCGCGGCUGCCUCUAUCACACGAUUUCAGCAGCUCGCAUUCUACCCAGGCCCUGCCGGCACGGGCCCUGCGCCCCAUGUUAACCGCACGCCGAUCACCCUUGCCACCCCGACGUACACUCCGUCGCCCGUUGCGCCGCCGCACGCGCACAAACUCAGCGUCUCGCCACGCAUCGAGCUGCCGCCACUCGCACUGUCGCCACCGCACCACCGUCACCGCUCCGCGGAACGCGAACGAGAACUCGAACGAGAGCGGCAAUACCGCGAGCCGCUCCCUUCGGUGUAUCCCCACCGCUCGCUUCCCGCCACCGUCAUGGGGCCCGCCCCCGGCCAACAGGCUGCGCGGUUCCCUGCCCCCAGCGAUCCGGACUGUUGCGAAGGUUACGUGGACUGUCGCGGCCUGGUACAGGAAGACGAUGAGUCGAUGGACGAAGACGAAGACAGCCGGUCCGGGUCUCGGGCACGGUUCACGCAGCGCAUGUCCGACGUGAGAUCCACAACGUCGUCUUCGUCGGGCCCGGAAGAUAGCGGUUCUUCCCAUACGGCCGGCUCACGAUGA